UUUGUUGUUGUUGUGCGCAGAAGCUGCUCGUCUUCACAUCCGCUCUUUCUCUCCCCAACCCAUGUGCAGUUCAUACCAAAUAAACCUCGGAUGGGUUCCCAUGGAAAUCAGUGCACCUGUAGUGCACAUCGCUCAACAGCAAGCGUCUAUCAGACUCUAGAGGAGAUGGACUUUGAGAGAGGUAUAUGGUCAGCUGCAAUGGAUGGAGAUGUGGAGAGAGUCCGGACAUUUAUCAAAAAAGGGAUUGAUCCAAAUGUGAGGGACCGGGCAAACUACACUGCUUUGCAUUAUGCUAGUCGAGCAGGUCAGCUGUCAGUGUGUGAGUUACUCCUGGACUGCGGCGCUUGUGUGAACGUCCAGACCCGUGGUGGGGCAACCCCGCUUCAUAGGGCGGCUUACUGCGGACACCACAGUGUGCUCAAGUUACUGUUAGACCGUGGGGCUGAUCCAUGUCUGGCUGAUGAUGAUGGAUCUACAGCACUUCAUAAGGCUGCUGAACAGAAGCAUUUGGUGGUUUGUGAGCUGCUGGUGAACCGCUUCCCAGCCUUACGGGUUAUGAAGAAUAAAAGAUCUCACACAUCUUUCGAUCUCUGUCCAGAGAAUGAGUCCCUGAGACCACAAUGACCUGAUCUUAACUGUCUGUAAUGCCUUUGGCCUUCUCCUGAAAGAAUAUGAAGUACUUUUUCAAAAGCUAGGCUGUGCUUUGUAAAUAAGUGUGUCUUUUGGUUGGAAUGAGGCAUAGUUACUCAGGUUAAUCUUAAUAGUCACUUUCUUCAAGAGUUCAUCCACUGCUAUUAAAUUUGACCAGAUCAACAAAAAAAGGUUUGAAUCAGUGGCAGAUUUAGCUUGGAUGCCAAUGCUUGUCAAUUUGACAUGGAGUGACCAAGUUUGAGAGAAAACUUUAUUUUCCAGUAGAGGGUGAUGGAGUCCUGUUAAUGCAGCACUUCAUAAGGAAACCUAGGUUUGAUGCCUCGGAAGAACUUUGAUAACUUAAUAAACAGCUGUUUACAUGCCCAGAUAAGUAAAUAUGAAGAUGAUGCUUUGUAUAAAUUAACAGUGCAGAUCAAUACAGAUGUCACUACAGAGCAAAGGGGCAAUGUUUCGUGUGUUUGUGGUUCUGUGUGCUUAGGGAUGUGUUGUACUUGUAAUUGACCAAAACAUUUAGAAUAUCUGAUAUACAGAUGUUUUGUAUCAUAAAGGUCAUCUUUAGAUAGGUUUUAGAAUUACUUAAAUGCAUAUAAAUAAUCUGAUUAUUGUUUAUUUGCUGUAUUUGUACAGUUUUACCUCUAAUUCAUAAUACUUCUUUCACUGGCAUGUCUUUAAAUGUUUCCCGUAAAGCUCAGUGGGUGUAAUUUCCAGAAAAAAAAAGAAAAAAAAAACAGCAAACUCGGUAGGAAUUUGGUGAGGGUGGAGUGAAACAUAAAAUCUUCUCGCAAGUCUCUGCUCAUUAAUUUAACUGAUUUUCAGUCGAGUCGAAAGAAGAACAGUCAGAUCCCAGUGGUUUCAUGAAAACCAAAAGGAUUUAUCCUUUUUAAUUGUCCAGUGACAAUUUGGAAGGAUAGAACAAGGAAAAUGUGAGUAAAUUGACUCUUAACAUGUUUUUGAAAAGUUUUAGAGAGUUUUUCUAGCGUCCUAACAUUUGAAUAUAUAUUUAAUAAAAAGUAGUAUGAUACGCAGUAA